AAUAACAAAAACUUAUCUUCUCUCUUAGUCAUUUUAAAACUGAACAAUGCCAGAGCAGCUGAUUUCCAGCCUUUCAUCUGAAGACUCAAGUAUCCCAUCCACACCAACAUCGGACGCUCCAUCCAAACGCUUGUCCUGGAGCAGACUGAUGCAGAAACUGCACAGCAGCCAAAGCCUAGACUCUGAUUCAGACAAUCACAGCAGCGCAGACAAUGCAUCAGAUGCAGGUUCCAUAUCCCUAGCCGAUCUGUCCGAAUCCGACUUGUUUUUUGACCCCACCGAAGAGGCCUUGUGCAAGGAAGUGGUGCAGCUCAUCGCACUUAACCUGACCAAUGCCAAAGACUGCGUCCUGCACUGCUCCAAGCUCCUCAUUCCCGAGACGCUCCUGGAACACAUCGGCCAGGAGCUGGUGCAUCUGUCGGUCAGCGAGCCCUGUGGCCUUCGUGGUGCCCUCGUUGACCUCUGCAUGGAGGAGGAUGGCAGCUGCGAAGCCGUGGGACAAAUCGCAGUCGACCCCUACCUAGUGCCCACCUUCCAGCUCACACUCGUGCUGAGGCUCGACUCCAGGGGCUUAUGGCCGAAAAUCCAGGGGCUUUUCACCGGCAGAUCGCCUUCGUCUCCGGUUGUUAGACGUGCACUUAAACUGAGCACUGGAUUUAGAGUUAUUAAAAGAAAACUGUACAGCUCUGAAGAGCUUUUGAUUGAGGAAUGCUGAGCUCGACUGAUUGAAUGUCCAUGCCAUGGAUUUUACCAGGGUUUUAAAUGAAGCUUGGUCUCACAAGAGGCCUGAAAUGUUGUAAUGCAGAUGUAGGGUAUAUAAAAGAAGAUUUCAAUACAAUAAAGUGUUUAUGUUGUACUUCUGCUGACGUUCUAGUGAAGCAGGAGUUUUGUGCUGCUGUUGAAAUGUUUACCUCAGGUUCAUGGAAACCAGACGUGGCAGCUAUUUUCCAUGUAAUGAACUUUUAGUUUUUUU